UAAAGGUGAGUCGAGUCGGUUUAUUGUUGUUUUCAUUAGUUUUCUUUAGCGCGCGCAUGUCUCAACAACAAACAAUUUUUGUUUGUUUUACGUUCGAUACGUCAGAAAAAAAAUUUGUUUUUCUUUUUGAAUUCUCUGCCAAUUCGAUAUUUCGUUAUUAAUGUCGUGUUAGUUGCUGUUGUUGUAGUUGUCGUCGUCACGUUACAUUGUUGUUAUUUAAAACAAUUUUUUUUUUUUUGUUUCUCGCCCGUCAUCAUCAUCAUGAACAUCUCUCACAGUAAACGCGUUUAAGAGGUGUUGUGUUCCAAACAACAGAAAAAGUAUCAUCAAACAAAAAGUGAAAUAAAAAUCGUCUGAAAAGAAAAAAACUUUAUCACACGCAUUGUAUAUUGACCGACAACCGACAGCGUGUUGGUUGGUAGUCUGCAUAUUGUACGUUACUGUAACGCGUCAGACGUGUUAAAAUCGCUUAGCGGAACAUUGGAUUAGAUAUCACACAGACUUAACCGCGGGCAGUUUACUCACCGAGUCACCACUUACUCGCUAUUCAAUCAAACGUUGUUUAUUUGUCUGUCAGACUCUGUUCUUUGGCAACGUUUUAUUGUUGUCGUUUUUUUUCUCCAAUCACUACGUUUACGCCCGUCUUUAAAACAUCACGUCGUUGUCGUUCUAACGUCUUUAUAAUUAAUAGCAAAACAAUUUUAUUGUUUUUAAAUUACAAAAAAAAUAUUUAAAAUUUAAAAAAAUGUCUAACUAAAAAAAAAUCUUAAAAAACGGUUAAAUGUUUAAAGUUUAAAGAAAAAACCCAAAAAAUUAAAAACAACGGUUUAUUAAACCGUUAAAUUCAAAAAAAGUGUUAAACAAAGUGUUUCCUUAAACAAAAAACCACAAAAUCUCUUAAAAAAAUAAACCUAAAAAGUGUUUAAGUUAAAAAAAAAAAAUAAUAAAAACAACAACACAGGAUUAAUUUCAUAACCCAGGAUUACCUUAAACAAAACAAAGGGCAAAUACCCAAGCCUUAAAAAUAAACGGAUACGGAUAUUAAUAAUUUCCCCUUAAAGUUUUGCUUAAAAGUGCAAAACUUUCUUUUUAAAAAAAGUGUUUUUAAAAUUGGUUUUUCUUUAACCAUUGAGCUUUAAUUUACCAAUAAUAAAGUUAAGCCGUUGGUCGUGUGUCACAAAUUUGUAAUUUGAAUUUACGAACAAAAAAAUUUCCACAAUACGUCAGCAUAAAAUACAACAUCCUGCCGCCGCACUGCCAAAUAAGCAUCGUUGGAACCAAACCUCGUGAUAUCUCAAAAGACGCACAUGGGCGUCUGCACCGAAGAGCGCCCUGUGAUGCAUUGGCAGCAGAGCGCAAGAUUUCUUGGGCCAGGUGCAAGGGAGAAAAGUCCAACACCACCUGUAGCACAUCAAGGGAGCGCACAUUGUGGCAGUGCUGCAGGUGCAAAUAGCAGUAGUAAUAGUAAUCAUAGUAAUCAAUUUUUAUUUCGAUCCUGCUCAACGUGUCCCGAUAUCUGUGAACACAGUACAAAACCAUUUAGUGCAGCGGCGGCAGCAUAUAGUGUGGCAUUUAGAAGUUCUUGCAAUUUUAGUUAUGAAACAGCGGAACAGGCAACAUUCGAUGAAUCUUCCAUAAAAUAUGCCAUUAAUCGUAAUCAAACCGAAUGUCCGGAUGGUGAUAAUGAUGAAACAAAUUCGGGUAUAUCAUUUAAAACGGAACCAUAUGGACCGCCCAGUAGUCCAGAAUCUGCGACUGAAACAAAACCAAAUUGUAGUCCACCCUGUGCGGGUUGUGGGCGUUUAAUACAGGAUCGUUUCUACCUCUCUGCUGUGGAUAAACGGUGGCACGCUAGCUGUCUUCAAUGUUAUGCAUGUCGACAACCCCUCGACCGGGAAUCAUCAUGUUAUUCGCGCGACGGUAAUAUUUACUGCAAAAGCGAUUAUUAUAGUGUUUUUGGUACUCGUCGAUGUUCCCGUUGUUUAGCCUCAAUAGGAGCCACCGAACUGGUGAUGAGAGCGCGAAGUUUAGUAUUUCAUGUGACCUGUUUUUGCUGUGUCGUUUGUCAGACACCAUUAACAAAAGGUGAUCAAUAUGGCAUAAUAGAUGCUCUCAUUUACUGCAGAACUCAUUAUACUAUGGCUCGUGAAGGUGAUACAGCAUCGACCAGUUUGGGCUCGGCAGUGGUGCCUGGUGUUGGUGGCGCUAGUUCAUAUCCGUACUCAAGUCAAUUUGGUUCACCUCCGAAUGAUUCAUCGAGUCCACAUUCGGAUCCAACACGUAUUGUUCCUAAUAGUAUAUUUGCAUCUGCCUCUCAUGUUAUGACCGGUCUUCCACAACCACCACGGCAAAAAGGGCGACCACGCAAAAGGAAACCCAAAGAAAUUGAAGCCCUCACUGCCAACAUAGGUAUGAAAUAUUUAAAUACUGAAUAUCUUGAUUUUGGUCGAGGUUCUCAUAUGAGCGCAUCGUCGCGUACAAAACGCAUGCGCACCUCAUUUAAACAUCAUCAGUUGCGUACCAUGAAAUCGUAUUUUGCCAUAAAUCACAAUCCCGAUGCAAAAGAUCUUAAACAAUUAUCACAAAAGACAGGUUUACCAAAGAGAGUAUUGCAGGUCUGGUUCCAAAAUGCUCGUGCUAAAUGGCGUCGCAUGAUGAUGAAACAGGAUGGUUCCGGCAUGUUAGAAAAGGGUGAUGGCACCUUAGAUUUAGACAGUAUAUCCGUACACAGUCCCACCUCUUUUAUGAUGGGCGGUCCUAACAGUCCUCCAAGCCAUAAUAUGGAUUAGUAGUUAUUCUUCGGUGACAUUAACUUGCCACACGAAAAUAAUUGCGAAUUAUAGUAACAACCACAAUCACACUAGUUUCCAGUACUAAAAUCAACAGCAACUCUCUCUCUCUCUUUCUUAAAACUCUCAAAAAUAAAAACUUUAAACGACGGCAGGGACACAUACUUACACUUAUGUAAAAACAAUAGAUGAUUACCAUAAAUACUCUAACCAGACACACCAACAUUUAAUUGUAUUUAGCAUUAGAAUUGUACUGAUCAUCACAUGAUAUACAUAUAUACAUAGAUACUCGUACUAUCAUAGACUAAAAUUCACACUAUCACAAUCUUUAAGGAAUAUCCUAAAGCUUUGAGAGUUAAGGCAUUAAAAAGUUAUAGGAGUUGUAUUGUUUGGUUCGAAAGAGUGAUUUAAAAUUUAAAUUGGUUUCGUGUUAGUAAAAAUACUAAAGGAAAAUAAUGUUUGCGGUUAUAAGGAAUUCAAUUCGUGUUGCUGUAAUGCUGCAGCUUGUUAUAAUAACUAAGUUCCAAAAGGAAAAUUCUUCUUUUUAUACAAUAUCACGACAUAUAAAUUGUAGAACAACUUUUUUUAAGGGCCCAGCUCACGAACAAAAAGCCCUUUUCAAUCGGAUCAGUUAUGAUUUAAAUUUAUAGAAAGGGAAAACAGACUUUGAAGUGAGCUGUAGAUACAAUCGGCAAUGUUAUUGCAGAUCGAAAAGGAUAUUGACACAUUAGUCGCUUACGCGCUGUAAAAUAAUUAUACAUCAAUAACUAUAUAGGUCUGCCCAGACCAGAUGGUUAUCCUCAGCUAUCACGAAGGCGUGGUUGAUUUGGCUUUUCAA